AUGGCGAAGAAAGAUAAACGGAAGAAAGAACGCGCGGCGGCGAGGAAACAGGAGACGAAAUCGAGACCGUCGUCUUUAUCGUCGUCGAAUAAAGAUGACGAUGAAGACGAGGAGGAGGAGGAGGAGGACGAUGUAACAGGAGGAGUUCGAGAUGGAAAAGAAGAAGCGAACGAGAACGAUUCGAAUCAAAGAAUUUUGGACAAUAAGGAUGUGUUUUUUCAAUCGAUGACGUUAGCGUCCACGUACAAACAAAGAACAGAUUUGCAACUUUUAGGCGACCGGAAAGUACCGGUCACGGAGGCGGUGAAAGCGUUGUUUUACGCGCCGUUCGUCUGUUGCUCGCACGACGAGAACGACACGUUUAAUUACGCGAAUCAAGCAGCGCUGAACUUGUGGGAGUUUGAAUGGGACGAUUUUAUUGGCAUGCCGAGCACGAAGAGCGCGGAUGGCGAGGACGAAGAGAUACAAAAAGAAAGACGACAGUUGUUGGACGACGCUUUGGAGAAAGGGGUCGUUUAUAAUUACAACGGCGUUCGAAAAUCGAAAAAUGGGAAAGAGUUCAUGGUAAAAGACGCGACGUUGUGGACGUUAGUCGAUCGAGACGGGGAUAAAUUAGGUCAAGCGGUGAAGUUUAGCAAAGUGGAGUACGUGGCGAGUAAAGAGGUUUGGAAAGUCUCGGAAGGCGGAGAGUGGGUGAAAGACGACGGCUCGGACGACGAUAAAGGUAAUGACGACGAGGACGACGACGACGAUGAAUAA